CCCCCUACUAAACCAACAGCAACCUGAUACCGGAGACGAGUGGUCCAGACAAGCCUGCAAACGAGGCGUUACCAGCCGCCCUGUCUGUCUGCUCGUCUAGCGUCUGCCCAGCGGGGCUCGGGAACAUUCAAUGCCUCAGACGCUGCCGAUAAGUCGUCACGUCUUCCUCCUCCUCUGGCCAGCCGACUGACACAACAUAACAUUAUCGGGCUCCAUCUUCCAACAUUUUCCUCCUCCAUCAGCGAGGUCGUGAAUUAUGACGAGACCCGAAAAACUUACAGUUAGCAUAUAUUGCUAAUGUUAGCUGGUAGCUUCUGGCACGGUGAUAAUUAGUUGUGGUAUUUUUGUCUGCUGUUUUCAAAGUGUGGGUGCAUUUUUACGCGUACGGUUUAGGAUGACGUCCGAGUAAACAAAGUGAUUGCUUCGUUUUGAUUUUCGAAAAAUUACCGCUGUUUUCUUAAGUUUUUGCUGUGCCAGACGGUCGGAACCGCUAGUUAGCAUGUUAGCACAGGGAUAUGGACGUUGUUGGCAGACUGUUUGCUGCAAAUGGCAGAUGCGAAAAACAAGUUAGCCACUUGCUUUGUCCGAAUAGUGAGGAUAACUGAAUUGUACUUCACUGUCUAGGUUAAUUUUGAAAUCGCUUUUAACCAGCAAUCACAACAACGGCGCCUUUGAUACUUCUCCAUCAAUUAUCAAUGCGUUGUUGCACACAGAAGAGAGCAGUCCAAGUUUGUGAGCUGACGAGAGCGACAAACAGUGGAUGUGGAAAAUAAAGACGGUGGCUGAAAAAUAGAAAAACAUCAUUACAAAUAAACCAAGACCUGGAGGACCUCCAACUUCAAGAGCCAAGUUACUGUUCAGUGCCAUGGCUAUGGGCCGAAUCACUAUGAAAUCACUAGCCAAAUUUGGUUACUGCAUGGCUGUUCUCCUCACCUCUGUGGCAGCUGCACAAGGAGAAGAAAGGGAGUGUGCCUUCACAGACCAGCAGCAGCAAUGGGAGGUUGAGCGAGUAGCAAGUGUUGAAGGCCGUGUUUCUUCUGAGAACACCACCAUCCGCUGUGCCAAGGGCAGUCGCUGUUUUGGCUUGUGGGAGAAAAGUCCUCCAGGCGAAGUCAGACUAGUCAAACAAGGGUGUUGGACUCACCCGGGAGACAACCAGGGCUGCCACGAUGAUCGCUGUGUGGUGACAAACCUCCCUCCACAGAUGCAAAAUGGCACGUACCACUUCUGCUGCUGUGGAAGUGAUAUGUGCAACGUCAACUUCACAGAGGACUUUCCCAUACCCAGCCCCACAACUGCACAACCCAUAUAUCCUCGCACCCUACGCAAUGGAGAGAUGUUAAUUAUUGCCCUGGCAACAGUCUCUGUGAUGGCUGUGGUUGCUGUAGCAGCCUUUUUUGGUUAUCGCAUGAUGCAUGGAGACGGUACACAGGGCCUUCACAAUCUGAAUAUGAUGGAGGCUGCUGCUUCAGAAAGUUCUUUGGACCUAGACAAUCUCAAACUGCUGGAGCUGAUUGGACGUGGAAGAUACGGCACAGUGUAUUGUGGUUCGCUGGAUGAACGGCCUGUUGCGGUCAAGGUCUUCACCGCAGCCAAUAGACAAAACUUCCUGAACGAAUGCUCCAUCUACAGGCUGCCGCUCCUGGAGCAUGACAACAUUGUCCGUUUUGUAGCUGCUGAUGAACGCACAGGACCAGAAGGACGCACAGAGUACUUGCUGGUUAUGGACCACUAUCCACAUGGCUCUCUGAAUAGCUACCUGAGCAGACAGACCAACGAUUGGGUCAGCAGCUGCCGGCUAGCUCAUUCUGUCACUCGUGGCUUGGCCUACCUGCACACAGAGCUUUUUAAAGGAGACUUGUACAAGCCAGCAGUUUCUCACAGGGACCUAAACAGUCGAAAUAUUCUGGUGAAAGCCGACGGCACUUGUGUCAUCAUUGAUUUCGGCCUGUCCAUGAAGCUGACAGGAAACAGGCCGGCACGUCAUGGUGAGGAGGAAAAUGCUGCAAUAAGUGAGGUGGGAACUAUUCGCUACAUGGCACCUGAGGUCCUGGAAGGGGCAGUGAACCUGAGGGAUUGCGAGUCAGCUCUAAAGCAGGUGGACAUGUACGCCCUUGGCCUGGUCUACUGGGAAACCUUCAUGAGAUGUACAGACCUUUUCCCUGGAGAAUCUGUACCAGAGUUCCAGAUGGCAUUUCAAACAGAGGCUGGGAAUCAUCCGACAUUUGAAGACAUGCAGGUGCUUGUAUCCAGGGAGAAGCAACGGCCAUUGUUCCCAGAAGCAUGGAAAGAGAACAGUUUGGCUGUUCGCUCUUUGAAGGAGACCAUGGAGGAUUGUUGGGACCAGGAUGCAGAAGCCCGUCUUACAGCGCAGUGUGCUGAGGAGCGAAUGGCAGAGCUGCUUCUUAUCUGGGACCGCUCUAAAUCUGUUAGUCCGACUCUCAACCCAAUGUCCACCACUCUGCACAAUGAGAGAAACCGCAUGACGACAAAGUCUGGCCCUUUCACAGACCAUCCUUCCAGUUACAUUGAGGAGCAUGAGGGUAUGGCCAAGAACACUCAGACGGAUACUUCUACUUCUGUGAGUGGUAGAGCUGUAGCCGGGACUGGAGAGAGAAACAGGAACUCCAUCAAUCAGGAGCGCCAGCAGCAGGCUAACGCCCGUCUGCCCAGCCCAGAGGGCAGCAGCACCAGCAUGGGUCUGAGAUCAAGCCCUUCAGCCUCCACCACCACCACUACUAUUAUCUCUGAGUCUGAGGGAGCUGCCGGGGCCGUUACUGUCCCCGGCUGCCUCCACCUGACGCAGGAAGACCUAGAAACCACAAAGCUGGACCCAAAAGAGGUAGACAAAAACUUAAAGGAGAGUUCAGAUGAAAACCUGAUGGAGCACUCACAGAAACAGUUUUGUUCACCAGACCCACUAAGCCCCAGUAGCACCAGCCUACUUUAUCCUCUGAUUAAGAUGGCAAGUGAAGCCUCGGGCACACCAGAACCCGUUCCCAAUAUUCCAGCCCCCAUUUUCCCCCUGCCUAAACAGCAGAACCUUCCCAAAAGGCCAUCUAGUCUGUCCCUGCGCACCAAGCCUGUGAAGAAGGAGUCCUCUUCACUGAGGUUCAAGUUUGGACGAUCGGGGAAAUCCAACCUGCGGCAGGUGGAAGGAACAAAGAGAAACACUGGUGCUGGAACAGGGACACACUCGGCUGUAGAGGUUCACCGGGGCACAGGCACCAACAACAUUCCUGUUCUACGAGAAGUGCACACCAACGGUAGUGCUAACGGAGCUGUUAACGGACACGCCGGCCCUGGUAUGUCUGCAGACGGCCCAACAGGUUUUGUAGCAUCAGGCAUAAUCCAUAAUGGGUCUGUAGCCAUGAGAUCAGACGACAGUCGUCUGAGCCUCGGCGUCAUCACAGCCAGCCCUGAUGAAAAUGAGCCACUUCUGAGCCGAGAGCGAGAGCAGCCUGAUACGAGAGACCCGUCUUCAAGCGUCGCAGCCUUGCGGUCGGCCCGACCCAACGCUAACAAUAACAACAGCAACACUGGCCAAGGCCGGGAGGAUGGUGAAAGUGGAGGCGAGAGUGAUGUAGGAGAGGAGGCUGGGAGUGGAGACAGAGGAAGCAGGGAAACAGCAGGGCCUCCCGGAGACGGUGUUGUGUCUGGAUGUGGUGCAACAGAGGAAGCUCCAGCUGUCGUCAUAAGGGAGGCUCAGCUGCGACAGCCCAGAAUCCGCAGGCCCGAGAGACCCAACUCGCUCGACCUGUCCUUCACGACACAGGACCUGACUUCACUAGAGGAUGGUUUGAUGCAGGCGGACGGGGCCCUGGGGACAGGAGAUAAAAUUAAGAAGCGCGUCAAAACGCCAUAUUCCCUGAAGAAGUGGCGACCUACUACGUGGGUGAUUUCCACAGACACCCGAGGGCCUGAAGUCAACAACAACGGGUCUGCCCACAGGCAAGGUCACGGUAACAACCGACCCAAGUCAAGUUCAGCUGUCUAUUUGAGAGGAGGUAGUUUGUCCAGUGAACCCAGUGACACACAUGUGUGAACCCUGACCCUGUGACCAGACCGAAAAAAACAAAAUAGAUGAACAGAGCCUGUUGGGUUUUUCUCUGUUUAGCUCUGAAUCAGCAACAGGAAGCUAUGAGAUGUUUGUGUGAAGCGUCCUUUGAGUCCAAUGGUGUACAGUAAUAAGGCUUCUCUGUGUCUUCUGUGUGUCUUUCUGAAGAUGGCUUUGCUUUAAAUGGAAUCCAGCUAUGCAGCAUUCUCAGUGUUUUUUUAAUGUUUUUUUUUGUUUUUUUUUUUAGCUUCCUUCUGUUGGCCCGCGAGCAGUAACGUUUUUAAACAGUUUUCUUUAUUUUUAUUUCCUUCCUAUGUGCACUUUGAACCAUUUGAAAUCAGUGUUUUCUUUUAUCCUGACCUCAACAUGAAGUGGUCUAAAACUUAAGAAAGAAAAAAUGGAAUGGAGCGUAAACAGCGAUGACAAACAAUCAACAGACUUUGGUGUACCAAGCAACUCGAAAUGAGUAAUCUCUUUAAAAUAAUUAAAUGUCUUAAAAGACAAUAUUAGGGCUGUCACUUUUCUGGCUAAUUCAUAAUAACAUUGUAUUGACACAAAGAUAAAUGUAAAGUACUAUCAUAAAUAAAAAUCUACAUUUUUCUUUUAAGAGCAGAGAAAUAACUAAAAGAGCAGGUUAUUUUAAAAUAAUACAGAGCUUUUUGGUCCUGAACGACCACAAAGAUAUUUAUUUUUAUUUUGCUUAAAGCGGGACAAAAGAACACAGACAGAGAGCCGUUUGUACUACGAAAACAGCAUUGCAGUUAAAUGCAGUGUUAUGAUGAGCUCCUAUAUAUAUUACGUCAACCCAUAUAUGUUGCCUUUGGAUGCUGCAGUGUCCAGAAGGACCAAUAAGAUUGAUCACUUACACCAAAACAUUCCAGAGUCACUGUUCUUUUACCAAUUGGGCCACGGUGAAGUUAUGUUGUCUAAACCAUGACACAAAUUUUCACAUGAACAGGUUACAAACAAUUUACUUUGCAAAAGUAGAUAUUUUUGGAAACAUUUUCAGUGGGUGACUUGAUGACAAACUGGCUGCACAUGAACUUGGCAAGCUGGAAAUGUCCACCUGGCUUCAGCUGUCGUAUCAUGGCUGGACAGUUGGGCUCACUCCACAUGAGUGUAGUUUUAAUGGAACAUUCUUUCAAACAGUGGGCACAUAAAAGCAAACAUACAAAUGAUCAGGAUCUACAUAUGAAAUUUUCUUCAAACAAGCAAUAAAAAUCAGCAAACAUUAAGGUAAAAGCAAGACACCUGACAUUUGUAAAACACUUGACCCCACAAAUGUUCUUUUGCAGUUUUCAAAAAUGCUGUUUUCUUUAACUUGUGACCCAAAAUGUAUUUAUGGAGAAGCUUCUCAAUACUUGGUUUUUACUCUUCAAUUUCUAAUUCCAUCCUUGACUUUGAACAGAUAUCUAAACUGAAAAGGUGACAGUCCUAUACUAUAUAAACUACUUUUUGAAAGUAAUUUUUGUUCAGUUGUAUGUGGUGCCAAUUUUGUCUUUGACUAUCCUUUUUUGUACAACAAUUUUGGAUUGUGCAAUAGGAUGUAGCUUUUUGGUAUGUUCUCUUUUAUUGCUUCAAUAUGGGUCCUUGUUUUAUCAUUUUAUUAUUUUCAUAUGGUAAUGUAUGUUGGACUUAUAAAUGUGUCACAAUAAUUCUGAAAUCAAUCUACCAGACUAUAUCACCCCCACCCUACCUGCCUUUUUAAUCUUGAGAAGAAAAUGGACUACUAUCCUCAGCUUUUCUUUUCUACAGUGGACUAUCUUCAGGGGGUACAAACACUAAACACUGAUCCCAGUGUACUGGAAAGGGUUUUUGUGGCAUUUCUCUACUUGCAAAAAAACAAAACAAAAACAAACAUGGAUGGCUACAAGACUAGAGGUUCUACAAUCAUGCCAGUCCAAACUACAGAUGGAUUUAACCAAGUUGUGAACGUUAUACCACUACAGCCACCCACACUACAAGGCCUGGAAGUUAGUCUGUCUAUAUAAAGUACCCACCAAAGCACGCUGGAUAUAAUUUAUGCUUUUUGCCUUUUUAUUUUUUAAUCUUGGAGUAACUGAUGUCAGUGAGUCCAUUAAUGAGCAUUAGAAUGUUUUGCGGACCUAGCACUGGCGUGCUGAAACGUCACUGCACCCAUCUUGUAUUUUUAGCGCUGCUUCAGAGCAUAUUAAAAGAUCUCAUUCGUUUUUGUAAAGUGUAAUUUGUAUAAGAAAAAAAAGUAAUCAUGUAUGUGUACUACAUUGAUAUUUGCAUCAUUUUAUGGAUUUUUUUUUUUGCAUUCAAUGGACAUGGCAUUUGAUUCCAUUGCUAUGCAUAUGCUCGGUACAGUUUCUGUAAACAUUUUCAAGUUAAUAUGGAAGAAUAAAUCUCAAUAAAUGUAUGAAAGUAU